AGAAACGGACGAUGGGACGAUGCCAAAUCCACGAUGCUAGUCAUGAAUCAAUUUGGCUGGCUACAAAUCCACGACUUACCACCGUCUUCUUUAAUCCACGAUGCCAGUCAAAACUAUCGAGCAACAUCGUCUUCUUUAUUUGGCUGCCGUUUUCAAUCCAUGAUGUUCAACUUUCAUAAUGGGAGUGAAGAAAGAGGUGGUAUAGAGGCUAAGGAUGAUUUCAAAGAUUCAAAAUCAAGAGACGUCAUUAAUAAAAUACAAACGGUAUUCUAUGGAGUGAAGCCUGAUGAAAAGAUCAAGUUUGUGUGUGGCAUUCAAAAGGCUCAGCACGUUAUAUUCGCUCACAAAGCUGGAACCAUGAAGCAUACCAAGUGUUUGUUGAUAUCCCCCACCCAGAAAACAACUUCUACACAUAGACUAGCCAAAAGAGAGACCCUGUAGAGGAAGUAUUGUUUUCCCAAGUAGUCAAAUGUGAAAUGGUGGUGUUUUGCAGGUUUUGGUGCAAUCGCCUUUUCCUUCCUUCAUCAAUCUCUUGAUUAUAUAAUUUUUGAAUGUCUUCACUCAGAAUUCCAUGUUGAAUUGAAGCAAAUAUUUAUUUGUUCAUCCAAAACACCCAUGUUCCCCAUUCCUUUGAUUUGGUUUAGGGAUAUUAAUUUUAAAUUUUGCAUGUUAUCACUCCCAAUUUUAGGUUGAAUUAUGGCAAUCCCUUUGAAGCAAAUCACUCACACAUCACAGAAGGUAAAUAAAUAGGCAAAAACAAACCACAUUAUUGAUGUGGUUACUCUGAAUCUAAAGGCAGUUCACUGGAUGGCGUCCAACACACAAUUUUGAUUUGCGUUUGAGUUUCUUCUAAUUUCUGUUGCAAUCGAGUCACUGGUUUUUCACAUGAGGAGUUUGACCUCGCUACAGUUAAUGGUGUAACGUCAAGUUUGAAAAUUUCCUCCAAAUUACUCGCAAUUAAGAUACAUCAUUAUUUGAGUUUUUCCGCCUGCCCAGGUUGUCAUUUAUUUGAGAUUUUCUACCUGUCUAGGUUGAUUUUCUUCCUUUGUUUGUAAUAUAUAAGGAUGUUCCUGAGAAACAUAUAGUAGGGUUAUUUGAUUGUGAGGAUGACACGUGGCAGGUGAGAUUGAGGUGACAUGGCAUUGAGGUGGAUUUAGUGUUUACGAGAGCUGUUUCACUUUCGUCCUUGAAAAUCAGACGCCACCCAAAUACACCGUUUCAUAUCUUUUCACCGGCGCCUAUUCCCUAUGCGACCGGAGAAGUUCAACAAAACAGCCCGCCAAGCAUCGAUUCCGGUGAGCAGCUUCCGGCACCCAUCCGUCGACCCUUAGAAUUAGCCAAACCCAUUGUACACGAAUGAGCCAGUACGAAGAAGAAACAUUAUAUUCCAGAUUCAAUUCUGGACGCAUUUUGACAAGUUUGCGCCCGUUCACCAGUCAUGCUGCAUGUAUCAAGCAACUCCGCCUAACCCAUCAUGUAUUAUCUUCUUCUUUAUGACUUUUUCUUAAAAGUACUGUAUUUAAAUUGU